UAAAGAAACAACUAGCCGCUCUUGGAUAUAUUUAAAUUUUUUUAAGUUAAUAACUUCAUUUCAUGAGCGUAAUAUACUUUAUCUUUAACGCGAGGCUAUAGAUGCUUGUGUAACUAGCAUGAAGGAAAGGAUGGACCAAAGUUCAUCUCGCAUUUACGUGGAGAGAACUCUGGCUAUCAUUAAACCAGAUGCCAUUCACGAAAGUGAGAAGAUUGAAGACGUUAUCCUCAAGUCGGAGUUCACUAUUUUGCAGAAGCGGAAGCUGCAGCUCACUCCAGAGCAAUGCAGCGACUUCUAUGCAGACCAGUAUGGAAAGUUCUUUUUUCCCAGCUUGACCGCCUUCAUGAGCUCUGGUCCCAUCAUUGCGCUGACUCUGGCCCGCAACAAUGCUAUUGCCCACUGGAAGUCCAUCAUAGGACCUGUCAACAGCACCAAGGCUAAAGAAACUCAUCCAGAAUGCCUUAGAGCAAGAUAUGGCACUUCUGACCUGAAAAACGCACUCCAUGGCAGUGAGUCGUUUCAUGCAGCUGAGAGAGAGAUCAAAUUCAUGUUCCCAAACUCUGUAAUCGAACCCUUUCCCUCAAGGGAAAGAAUCGAAGAAUACCUGAGCAGGUAUGUAAACCCAACUCUACUACGUGGACUCACUGAGCUCUGCAAGCACAAGCCACACAACCCCUGUGUUUGGCUUGCUGACUGGCUGGUGAAAAACAAUCCAAACAAGCCUCAAAUAUGUGAUGUUGAAGAAGCAGAAUGAAAAAUACGAAAUUACAGAAAAUGUAAUAUUUUAACAAAUG